AUGAAGAUAUUGAUGCUACAUGGAUCCCGUCAAUCGGGGGAACUCUUCUCUGCCAAACUCCAGGCCUUAGAGAAAUUGCUCAAGCGGGCAUUCGGCUCAGGUUCCAAUCAACCCGGAGCCGAACUGAUAUACCCGACAGCCCCAUUCUCGCUAGCCUAUGAGUCACCCAGCGACACGUCCAAAGUACGAAACCAACACGGCUCGUGGACCUGGUUUCAAUCCGAAUCUCUUGACGAGUCUUUUCCCGGCCUAGAUGCCUCUUUGACACUUAUCGCAUCAAUCCUGAGGGAUUCAGGCCCGUUCGAUGGAAUCGUUGGGUUCAGUCAAGGUGGGGCAUUGGCUGCGAUGGUUGCCUCUCUUCUUGAAGAAAAUCGAUCGGAGGCUUUCGCUAGACUGAGCUCCGAGGGUGAGGGUGGCAUCCCCUAUCCAGAUUGCUUCGCCCAACUCAAUCAUCCUCCUCUCAAGUUUGUGGUCUGUAUUUCAGGAUAUGCUGCUUCCCAUUCGGAUUACCGUGCUUUCUAUAAUCCCGCCAUCCAGACCCCAAUGUUGCAUUUCCUUGGAAGUAUGGAUACUGUUGUAGAAGAAGAAUCUUCGAUGAAAUUAGUAGGUAGCUGUUACAGAGAUGAUGCAAAUGAGCCCGCCGUGAUAUGGCACUCUGGUGGACACAUUGUCCCUGGUGGCAAGAGGGAGCUGAGCGCAGUCACACAUUUUAUCAAUCUGCAUAAGAGUUAA